AUGGGAACCGAAGCAGACCCGGGGCUGGUGCCGAGGAUAUGCAGGGCUUUGGCUGAGGUGCAGCCCAUCGACAUUACUGUCAGUUUCCUGGAAAUCUACAACGAGCGCGUCCACGACUUGCUGGCGGGCGAGAGCGCGCCGCCCACGUGCCACUCGCUGCCCCGGCGCAGGGGCAACGCUCGCAAGGACCUGCGCGUGCGGGAGCACCCCGAUAGAGGACCCUACGUGCAAAAUCUCCGAAGAGUAGCCAUCAAUGACGUGGCAGCGCUCUUAGCACUGGUGAGCGAAGGCUCGCGCCGUCGUCGCACGGCUGCUACAAGACGCAACGCCACAUCUUCGCGGUCCCAUGCUCUCUUGGAGAUAGCCACCGCCAGUGCUACUCUUCAUCUCGCUGACUUGGCUGGCAGCGAGAAAGCUGGCUGGGAAGGCUGCGACGGCCGCCAGAAAGAAGGCGCAAACAUAAAUAAAUCGUUGGUUGCUCUUAGCAAUGUUAUCUCAGCGUUAGUAAGCGGGCGUGGGAGGUUCGUUCCAUACCGCGACUCUGCCCUCACUUGGCUGCUGAAGGACUGCUUCACGGGAGGCGCCUCCGCUUUUAUUAUCGCUACUGUGUCCCCAAGCGUCGCGUGCUACGGCGAGUCGGCGUCGACCCUUCGUUGGGCGGAGCGCGCGCGCCAACUGCCGUCGCCGCGCGUCACCGCCAGCCGUCCGGCUCUGCGCACCUUGUACACACAGCUGCUAGCAGAACUUAGCAGGAAUCACAUUCAAUACAUACCUGAAACUGGAAAAAUUUCAUACGAUGAUAAUCAUUGGAAAUUGUAUGCGAACAAUGUAAAGCUGCAAUCUCCUGAUUCCUCCGAAGAAACUGCAAAAAUAGGUAACAUUAUGAAUCUAUUGCAUCCGAAAGCCGACGCUCAUUCUUCCACCGCCUCAUCAGCAGCGAGCGGUAGUUCGGAUGUUAUCAACGCGAUGGAUAAAAAUAUCAAAAUCGAUAUAACCAGUGAAAUAACAAAAGAAGUAGAUAAAUUAUUUGGACCUGCACUAGAAAGGACACAAAGUAAUAGUGAUCUCAAAGUCAUGGCUCCACUUAGACACAAGCGUAGGCAAUACAAAUCACAAGAAAUUCUACCUAUUGUUGAAAAAUUACACGGAGAUCACACAGUUGAUGUGAUGCCCAGUCAAAGUGAAGUUCAGAUUGACGAUAUAAGGAAAAUAGAUAAAGCAAAAGCCCCACAAAUUCCUAUUCUAUACGACAGUCAACGAGCUGAAAUAGUAGCUUCAGUUACUGAAAGACUAUACAAUAAAAUAAAGAAAAAAGAAGAGGCAGCUGCAUCGAAAAUGGAGACAGUUAUAGACAAGAAAAUAAUGGAACCGCUGAGCGAAUUAAAGAUUUGUACUAAUGCGCGGCAACGGCUCAUGGAGUUAAGUCAGAAAGCGUUACGAAACAAACGGAGAAUAGGUAUUCCGGCUCAUACGCAAACGAAAAAAAUGGUCACUCGAGUUAGAGAUCAAGGUAUCGAGGUACAAACAGAUUUAGAGGCGUAUAUCUUAAGAAAUAAUAAACCUAGUUACACACUUCAUCGCGAUGCAGCCACUGAAACUAUGCCUAUGACUCCUCGGUGUAAAGAAAUUGCUGUUGGUUCUAAAUAUGGAAUGUUACAUUUUCACGAUCGAUCUACUAUAACCGAUGAAAAGAAAAUUGUUCACAGAAGCUCUUUCGUUAUGACUGACGUAGUAACUAAAAGUGAUCGCACAACGCAAACUCUAAUAGUGCCACCGCCAAGAAGAAAACGACGUGCAUUGUGUAAUUGCAUGAAAAAUUCUGAAAAAAUUAAAUGUUCUAAUGAAAAUGCGGCACCAGUUAUAAGUAUUAACAUUUCACAAGUUUAUCCUGCUGAUUCAGAGUCACAAACAUCUGAUGAUAAUUCCGAUAAUACGGCUGAGAAUAAUAGCUGUGGCAAAUCAGAAUCAGUCCAGAACAUGCCUCCUGAUUUACUAACUAAUCAUAGUACACUUGAUCCUUGUUGUAGUAAGACUGUUAAAAUUGAACAAAAUGCUAAAGUUUAUAACGUAAAUAUACCGCAAGAAAUUGAAAUAGCAAAUGACACUUCCACCAGCAAUUCCUCGAAAUCAUUACAAAACUGUGACGACUUUUCAGAUACGGAAGAUUGUGUCUUGCCCCGUGUCUCUCCAGAUUGUUUAAAAAGGGUAGAUUCCAGUGAUAUGAAAGAUAUGAUUUUAGGUCGCAAUGAAAACUUGUACCCAUACAAUAUUAUUCUAUCUCCACCUCGAGCAGUUGAUAGCACAAAGAGAUUAGUGAAGUUCCAAGAUGAUACUGUUCCUGUUUCCUCCGUCGCUUCGCAGGCUACUUGUGAAACACAGAACAAAAGCACAUUUUAUGAAACAAAUCACAACUCCGAGGCCAUUGAUAAUAAUAUAGACAAUGAAGCGAAUAUUCUGGACAGUCAAGAUACGCCCUCUAAUUCUUAUUCAGAUUCUAUAGACUCAAGUAAAGUAGAAACUGAUUCAUUCAUCUGGAAGAAAGGCGGUGCAGCGUCUGACAAAAAUAAAACCAAUACACAAAUGGGUCAAUACACACCAAUUUAUAAAGGGGCAAAGUAUGCAAAAGCCAAAGCAAAGUUGUAUAGAGAAUUUUUAGGUCUGGAUAAAGAGGUGUAUGAUAACGAUUCCUCCCAAACAUCAUCAAAGCAUAAUGAUAUCAGUUCGAGCGAUAGUGUUGAAUCGCGUGACACGUCUAAUGCUUCUUUUAGGCGAAGAAAAAACAUUCUCGAAGAUAAGCUGAAGUUAAGGUGCAACCACAGUAACAGUUUUAGGAGCCUUGAACAAGAACUGAAGAUUUCGUGCAAUAGUUUAGAAACUUCCGUGAAUAAAUACGAUAGUUAUUUGUCUGGUUACCAUAAUGGCAAAAAAAGUGGUUACAGGACUGAAAGUUCGGCUCGAACGCCCACAGAAUAUUUGCAGCACUUGGUGCAGUUGCGGAGACAAGUCGUCAACGGCGAUUGUGAUACAGAAAGUAGUUCUCUUGCAAAAUAAUUGAAUGCUAAUGAAUUGUUGUAAGUGUGUCUACA